AUGAGUAGCAAGGGUAAAGUGACAAUACCUGUCACCAAAAAGAGCAAGUUGAAUGACAAGUCUGCAAAGAUCAGGGCUCAAACGAAAGUCAAAGAGAAUGAAGUAUCACAAUUGGCUGAUGAAGUAGAUUCUGAUGUGGAUUCUGAAGGCAGUACAGGUUCCGAAAUAGAUAACGAUGAAAUGGAUCUAAAUGAAGUGUCGAGUGAUGACGCCAGUGAUGAAGACAGUGACGAUGAAGAUGUGGUGAACCAACCAGAUGACGAUGACUUCCCAAGAAAGAAGAAGUCUUCCAAAUCCAAACACGAUGAUGGAUCAUCCACAUUUUCCAGCGCGUUAACCAAUAUUUUAUCAUCGCAUUUGAAAGCAUACGACCGUAAAGAUCCCAUUAUGGCUAGGAAUAAGAAAGUUUUAAAGCAAAAUGAAGCAGAUAAGUUAGAGCAAAAGGCUAAGAGAGCUAUACUCACAGAGAAGAAACAACUACUCAAUAAGACUAGAAAGAAAGAUAUUAUACCUGUUGUGGCUGCAGACGCAAACUCGGAUGAAAUUAGAGAAAUUCUUGAGAAGGAACGUAAACUAAGAAAGAUUGCCCAGAAAGGUGUUGUGAAGUUAUUCAAUGCAAUUCUCUCUACUCAGGUUAAGACUGAAAAGGAAAUCAAUGACUCAUUGGGUGGUGUGAAGAACCGUUCAGAGAGAAAAGAGUUGAUAACGGAGGUUUCCAAGGAGAAGUUCUUUGAUUUGGUGAAAACUGCUGGUGACAGUUGA